UCUGUGGCUACACCGUCCAACGGCUGCAAUUGCUGGAAUGAGAACAAGGAUGCCACAUUGUCGUUUCUGCAUUUAAUUGCUUGGAUACCGCCUAACGUUAAGGACCCGCUGGCACAGCUCCUUGGAGAUUCGGUGUAAGCCUGUCCCAACACAAAAAAUGGAUCCUCUGGGAGCCCGCUCUCAGUUUGUUGAUAUCCAAACGCUCCCCAACUGGGAGGAGCAGGUGGAUCCUGAAGUGGCGGAGACCCCACACAGCUACAGUGACAACCUGGUCAGCCAGCAAGCCUUCCCCUCUCCCUUCCCCUUCCGACCAGACAUCAACAGGAAGAUCGUACUCUUCACCGGUGAUGUCGCCCUGCUAAACUGCACAGCCAUCGUCAACACUAGCAACGAGUCACUAAUGGACAAGAACCCAAUUUCAGACAGUAUUCACCAGCAUGCGGGGCCAGAGCUGAGGGAUGAGCUGCUCAAACUCAAAGGAUGCAGGACAGGUGAGGCAAAGAUGACCAAAGGCUUUAACCUGGCAGCAUGGUUCAUCAUUCACACAGUGGGACCAAAGUACAAGGCCAAGUACAGGACGGCUGCCGAGAGCUCCCUUUAUAGCUGCUAUAGGAACAUCUUGCAACUGGCCAUAGAGCAGUCCAUGGCCUCUGUAGGUUUGUGUGUUGUGAGCACACCCAAGAGAGGUUACCCACUGGAGGAUGCCACACAUAUCGCUUUCAGAACAGUGCGCAGGUUCCUGGAAAACCAUGGGGACACUAUUGAAGCGGUGGUGUUCGCGGUGUCAGAGAUAGAGGAGCCGGUGUACAGGAAGCUACUGCCUUUGUACUACCCUCGCUCUGAGGAAGAAGAGAGGGCCAGCCUGCCCCUCAUCCCCACCGACAUCGGGAACUCUGAGGGCGAACCCGUGGUCCCUGAAAGACAGAUCCGCAUCUCUGAGAAGCCGGGGAGCCUAGAAGACGACUCUGAGGAUGAGAGUCUGGAGUCAGCCUUGGGACAGGUGGGGAACCAUGCCUUUGCCAGGAUGGAGGGCGAUGUGGACAAACAGCGCAAAUUGAUCCUGCAGGGCCAGAUGUCCGAGGCAGCCAUGCAGAAACAACACCUGAGAAAUUAUAACCGCUGGCUAUGUCGAGCCAGAGCAGAAGACCUGUCGGACAUCGCUGCACUGAAGGCAUUGUAUCAAACUGGUGUGGACAUGUGUGGCAGGACAGUGAUGGUGGUGGUGGGGCGGAAUAUCCCUGUCACCCUCAUUGACCUAGAGAAGGCCCUCCUGUACUUCAUCCAUGUGAUGGACCAUAUCACGGUGAAAGAGUAUGUCAUGGUUUACUUCCACACACUGACCGGAGAACACAAUCACCUGGACACAGACUUCCUAAAGAAAUUGUAUGAUGUCGUGGAUGCCAAGUUUAAAAAGAACCUGAGGGCAUUUUACUUCAUCCACCCAACAUUUCGCUCCAAGGUCUCUACAUGGUUCUUCACAACCUUCAGUGUGUCCGGUCUGAAAGACAAGGUUCACUACCUGGACAACCUGCAGCAGCUCUUCACCUGCAUCAAACCAGAGCAGAUCGACAUCCCUCCCUUUGUGCUGGAGUAUGAUGGGCGGAUAAAUGGGCCUCACCAUGAUCCAUGCCAGUCCUCCAGUCUGUGACAGGAGACCAAUAAGUGCUCCACACAGAGAGGAGAAGGAUUGUCUAAUCGACUGCCAUAUUGCCGCUGCAGUUGUGAAAGCCAAGAUCCUGUCGCAGCCCUGAGCCAUAAUGGAGAAACUUCCUUCUGGUUUAUCGGCUGCAUUAUUUAGAAGGAAAUCCAGCUUCGGAAGAGUAGCUGAAAACCUCUGAAAGUGGCUUGAAGAACAGAAUAACUUUUAGCCGAAAGGACAAAUGUAAAAGCAACAGCCAAAACCUCACACCCACAAAAAGAUGAUUGUGGAGCUUAUAUGGCUUCUGGACUUCAACUGAUAGUAGGGUGUUGUUUUGUUGUUGGUUUUUUUUUUGUCAUGGUUUUGAUUUGGGGUUUUUUUAAUUUUCUUCCCAGAGAUCUCUAAAUGGGCAGCACUCGUUCAGUGUCCCUUGGACAGUUGCUGAAAGCAAUUUACAUGGUAUGGGGGGGUAACAGACCAACGCAGUUGUCUCAAAAAUUUUGAGGUCUUGCCAAACCAAGACCUCGGAAGUCCUCAAUGAAUUCAUGUCAACGAUCUCCUGACUGUAAAGAUGAUCCCUGUUUGGACCUCUCCCACCUUAUCAUAACUAGCCAUGCUGGACUCCAUGGACAGACUAUGGUACAAUUCAAGACUAAUCUACAAUGAGGUUUUCUAUCAGGACUGUUGACAAAAAUCAGUUGAUGGACAGCUUCUCUCCUAUGGCAGCGCCUCUGCAGACAUCAUUAGCCUUUGUUUGACCCGCCCAUUUUUACAAGUGCUUUUUUUAAACACUGUAAACUAUACUUACUUUUUGAGGGUCUUCCUGCCCAGCUGCAAUGUCUGUACAUGAGUAACAUGGGGGUGUAUUGUAGGACGAACAUUUUUGCUCUUGCUCCCUGGCCACUGGAUCUCGGGUGGCUCUCUGUCUGUGAAAGUCCAUGCUUCAUGUCUAAGUCAUUCAUUGCGGUUUUGUUUUCUCUCCUUGUUGCACAAGAAUCACUACAUCUUCAAUAUUUCUGUUUCCACACUUCAAAUGUGGGUCAAGUAAUGCACUCAGCCCUUUUUACCAUUUGAGUUUGAUUGCUUGGAGGGCAAGAUGGCGGAGGUCAAACUGCAGUAGGGCAAAUCCAAUAGAACUAAAUUUGUUGAUGGAAAGGACAAGUUAACUUUCGUUCCUAUAAUUACUUUAACACGCCACUACUCACACUGUUGUCAUAGUGUGACCUGAACCCCUCCUGUCUUGUGCUACCCCCAGUUUAAAACAAACAACUGUUUGCAGGUACUUUUUGACAUAGCGCUGUCACUAUCACAAGCAAAUUUACAUGCAAGUCGUUCUGCCCUGAAAGCAUAUGCAGAUUGUUUGUUUUGGAGCCGGCUUCACACACCUUCACUGCACAUUUUUCCACACACUACCGUGAUAGCAAGAUUCCACACGUCUUUAAAUCAUUUUACCUCUGCUGGCAAGAACCUGCGGCCAGAAAAUGCCUUACGCAGCCCUCCAAGGUUUAAGCGACUGUCCUUACUGACAUUUCAAUGAUUUAAAUGAAAUGUGCAAAUGUUUGGUUCUACUUUAGAGCUCGCGGUUAUCACCCCGUCUGUCGUCUGCCACGUGUCCAACCGUCAAGCCUUCCCCAGGCUUUUACCCGCGUUGUCAGCAAACGGCGUCUCGUAGAUCCAGAGCGACGCAGAUGGGGCAGGCCAGGAUGCUCGAGACACUUUAGAGAAAUCUUUCACCUUUUAAACUCUGAGGUCACUUUUUGCCUCUGAACCCCCAUCUUGUCCACCCACCAACAUAUGAGUUCAAAUGUGCAUUUUAUGCAGUUCAUUAUGGUUCGAUAAAAACACACACUUCAAGAAAUCAGUUAAUUUAUUAAGACUUUUUUUUUUUGCUUAACACAUGAGAUUGUUUCACUUGCUUUCAGUGAAUUCAGGAGAAUAUGUUUGAGCCGAGUGUAAUUUUCUUGAUACUAAGCAGAGCGGUCUGCCUUACUCUGUCUGCUUUCCAGAUAUUGACACGUGAUCCCAGAAGAUUUGUUUUUUUUAAACAUUUCCUGAAUGGCUUUGAGAGGGGGUGGAAGCGUCUCACCCCUGGUGUCAGAAUUGUUUGCUGCUUUUGAAAGAAAAAACACACACGAGUUUAACCGACUGAAGCGUAAUCUGUAUCUACAUAUUAAUCCCACCUUCUCACCAUCACCGAGCCCCUGCAUCACUGACGGCGUCCCUCCGGCUGUCUGCAUUAACGAAUGUAAGCCGGAGCGCAGUGAAACCUGCUCAGUGGUCAGCUCAAAUCAAUGAAGUCAUCAAUACACAACAGAUGUUCAAUACUGUGAUUACGUCAGAAUGUGCAUACAGUGUCAGAUGUCAACUCACUGAAAAUGUAUAUUUUCUUUUUUACUAUAUCAGUUUAGGGAAUUGAGGCUGGUUUCUACACGGUACAUUCUGGAGAGAUUUUUGUGCAGACUAAUGACUAAUUGUUGAUGCCAAUCCACUUUUUUUUUCCUGUUUAUUCUUUUUACACACGCUAUUAAAAUGAUUUACUUUAACUUUGUUUUGAAUGUCUGUAUUAGGGGAAUCAAGGCACAGGGGCACCCACAAUGAGUUUUUUUUCCACUUAAAGCAGUAGUUCAGUGGUUAUUAUGCAUGUUACCUUUUGAGUCACAUGAUCAUUAUGUGCCUGGGAUUGAAUCCUUCCAGGAAUAUUUUAUCCUCUCUUCCAUCUCACAUUCCCUUUUGUAUGGAUAAAGAAAAGCACAUUCUCCUUAAAAAAAAAAACACAAAGUUGAUUUUAGGACCUUCUUCAGUACGGGCCACACUGCUGCAGCACUGGAAAUGCUCAUGGUGAAGUUGACAUGACAGUUUGUCUACCACAAAUAAGACUUAAGUGGAUGUUGAAAGGAGCUGAUUAAGAUAGACAGAGUGCACCAAAAUGCAGUUGUCUCUUAACUGGGUGCACCCCAUCCAUCGACAUUAAGGCCGUCUUUUUUUUAUAGUAUGCAGCCGCCUACGGUGUUCACAUUCCAUGCCGUGUUUGAAAUGGUGCCGUAUGAGGAAAGGUGUGGAAAUAAAGCAAGUUAUU